CGAGUCAGCUGACACAACCGAAAACAAUCGGAAGUCGUAGAACAUUUGGUCGACUGUUGAUUGUGUUUCUGGGACACCGAUAACGCUUUAACUGACAUUACGGAGUUACUUGCAGGAACACUGUACGGUGUCUAGAGGCAUCACCACAUAAAGGCAAAUACAAUCUCGACGGGGUUUUCCAGGGCGGCAUCAUGUUCAGCUCCAUAUUUGGUCGGAAACGGGCUCCGGCAGAGCAGCCAACGACGGUCCAGGAGAGCCAGCAGGGUGACUUUGUUGUCUUUGAAAGCACAGCGGUUCAUGUACCACCACCGGUUGCAGAGAAUCCUUUUGUGAACAUGGAAACUCAGCAGUCUCCGCCACCUACAAGCCAGCCACAUGGCAUCGACGGUGUACCCUUUCAACUGAACACCAGCCUGACUCAGUCCGGUACCACCGCGAAUGAUGUGGACGCCCUGCUUCGCAGGUUGCGUGCCAUGGGUGACCUCUCCUGGACUGAGUACGACUACAGUGUCGAGAGGCGCAUACUGCAUGACUAUGCCUAGGGACUGAUUCCGUAUGCAUACUGCCAUCAUGCAUAUUGGCAGCCAGUCAUGCACUUUGUGCAGCUGUGAUCUGUGAAAAUCACUGUUUUAUUGAAUACCUGCAAAUACGUGCCCUGUGAUAAGGCGAGUAGUGGCUUCCCGUGGCAACCCUCAGCAUGUAAGGAAGUUCCUUCUAUUUGCAAACACGUGCUGCCUUACAGGAUGGUGUAGUUGCGUUAGGCAACGAAAACUGUUGUUGGCACAAAAUACUUGCUGCCUUUGGAACCGGAUGUAUGGCACACAUGUCUUUAAUGUCGAUGGCAUGUGUGAGGAACUACACCCAGAGGCUUUAUUCACUCCUGGAGUGACACAAUCUUGUGACAGAAGCUGGUCAUGGAUACUACUUAAAUUAAUUAACGUAGUAGUCACAAGUGCGGGUCAUAUAUGUUGCUAAUGCAGUGUUUGCACACAUUUGGGCACACGACACGUCUAUGCAGGCUCUCUCUACAUAAUUAUUCCUCUAACGCUUGUCAAUUUAUGCAUAUAUACCGUAAGAUACUGGCUUAUUGAUGUAAUAAACAUUGUAAAAAUAAUUGUAGUAUUGAAAUUAGUGGAAAUAUGUUGCAGAGCGAUGAAAGAAAGAUAGCUGGCCACUUCUCUGCGUGCAUUAUGGACAGUUAGCCGACACUGCAUAACAAAGGUUGUAGUGCUAAAGUAGGUAUAACUACACCAGAUGUCUUCAGAAGGUCAAAAUCAUUUGUAAGUACUUGUUUAUUGUUAACAAUGAAGUGACCAAUUGUCUGCAGUAAAGGCACAAGACUCCACAUAUGUCCCAGAAUGAAAUCUAUGUUGACACCUGUUAUUCUAUGUUUAAAUAAAGAGUGUCAGUUUUUCUAAAGCU